CCUUAGCCAAUUUACAGAGGGAAAAAAUAAAGAAACAAAACGAAACGAAAUCCCUUCCUUCUUCCGUUUCCUUUUUCCUUCCACUACUUUUUUCAGAAGCUGUCUUCUCCAGGUUUCUCUUCUCUCCAAGCUUCGUACCGAUCCCUAAAACCCGUCACCUCUUCUUCCCACAACCUUCACGGCCAGUGGAGCGAUUGCGGCAAUCGCACAGGUUCUGAUUCUCCUGCUGAAAAUUUCUGCUUCGGGUGGAUGAUGAAUUCUACCCUUCCCGCGUUGCUGGACGCGCCGACGCUGACUCUCGAGGUCUGAUUCUCUCCAUAUUUGGAGGGCCCAAUCAUGUGGUUUUCCUUCUGGAGACCCAGAGAUCGAUUCUCCUUGGACGAGCUCAGGUAUUUAACAGAUCAGCUUCAGAAAGUGAGAAUUAUAAACGAGGUCAAUAAGGAUUUUGUUGUUGAGGCAUUGAGAUCAAUAGCCGAGUUGAUAACUUACGGCGACCAACAUGACUCGAGCUUUUUUGAUUUUUUUAUGGAGAAGCAAGUCAUGGGAGAGUUCGUAAGAAUGUUGCAGAUGAGCAAAUCUAUGAUCAUUUCACUUCAGAUACUGCAGACACUGAGCAUUAUGAUCCAGAACCUAAGAACAGAGCAUGCCAUCUACUAUAUGUUCAGUAAUGAAUAUAUUAACUUCUUGAUUACUUACAAGUUUGAUUUCCGGAAUGAAGAGCUACUGUCUUAUUACAUGUCCUUUUUAAGAGCAAUAAGUGGAAAGCUCAAUAAGAACACAAUUUCUCUCCUAGUCAAGACUCAGAAUGAGGACAUUGUUUCUUUUCCUCUAUAUGUUGAGGCCAUCCGGUAUGCUUUCCAUGAAGAGAGUAUGAUCCGCACUGCAGUACGUGCCUUGACACUUAAUGUCUACCAUGUUGGAGAUGGUCCUGUUAAUAGAUUCGUGAGCAAAGCCCCAUAUGAUGGCUACUUUUCCGAUUUAAUAUCAUUUUUCCGUAAGCAGUGCAUUGAUUUAAAUGGACUGGUCUCUGAAAUUCCACAAAAAACAGAGCCAGACAGAACAACGGCAAUUCUUGCUGCUGUUGAUGAAAUUGAGGACAACCUCUACUACUUUAGUGAUGUUAUAUCUGCUGGCAUUCCUGAUGUUGGGAGGUUGAUAACUGACAACAUUUUGCAACUUUUGAUACUUCCUUUGCUUCUUCCGUCUUUGCGGUUAGAUGCUCUUAAGGAAUCCCCUAUUGGUCCUGUCACUUCUCUGUAUUUGCUCUGUUGCAUCUUGCGCAUUGUCAAAAUCAAAGAUUUGUCAAAUGCCAUUGCGGCUGCUCUGUUUUGUCCGCUGGAGGCUUUUCUACCAUAUGCAGAACCUAAAGUCAAUGGUCAUGUGACUAAUGGAAAUUGUCACGAGAGCCACCACCAGUUGGAAAACAAUAAUGCUGCAGUUGAUGAACAACUAGGAGUAACCACGGAGUUGUCAACUUCACAUGUUUAUCCUGAAGACGUCACAAAGCAAGUCAGUAGCACUAGGUCACUGCAUGGUCUCAGUGGCAUUUGUAGGGACAUUCUGCUGUCUUAUGUUGUAAGCGGAAACAGCCAACUGGUUAUGGGUUCAUUGAAUGUGCUCGCUACAUUGUUGCAAACGAAAGAACUGGAUGAAGCAAUGCUUGAUGCUCUUGGCAUUCUACCCCAGCGAAAGCAACAUAAGAAACUCUUGUUGCAAGCAUUGGUGGGUGAAGGUUUAGGUGAAGAACAACUUUUCUCACCGGAGAGCUGCUCUACCAAAGAUGGGAUUAGCAAUGAGAUUGGUGGCUACCUGCAAAGGCUUAAGGAAGACUACGGAGUAGCAUGCUCUUCCUCAGAAUUUGGGAAAAGCUCUCGCACACAUAGAUUUCAGGUUCUGGAUGCAUUGGUGAGUCUUUUCUGCCGGCCAGGUGUUCCUGCUGAAAUACUAUGGGAUGGUGGUUGGCUUUUGCGUCAACUACUUCCUUACAGUGAGGCGGAAUUCAACAGUCAGCAUCUUAAAUUGCUGAAAGAUUCAUACAGGGAUUGUUGUAAUGCUCUCGUGAAAGAGACGAGGGGUACCUGGCCAGAUCUACUUGUAACAGUAUUGAGUGACGAAUGGAAAAAAUGCAAGAGAGCAAUUGAAGCUUCAUCCCCCAGGAAGGAGCCAAAGUGCAUUCUGUUGCCUCUUCAGAAAUCAUCUUCAGAUGUAGAUGUUCAUAAUGACUCGUCAGUCUCCUACGGAGAAAAAAUGUGUGAGCAAGUGAAGGUGUUUGUGCUUCUUCAUCAACUUCAAAUUUUCUGCCUUGGUAGGGCUUUGCCUGAGCAGCCUCCCUUUUAUCCUCCAGCCGAUACACCUGGAGCUUCUCGUGCGAGGACCGCUGGCAUUGAUGGUUCCAUCCCCAAACCGGGAACCGAGUUACGACUUGUUGAUACAGUGCCUUGUAGGAUCGCAUUUGAAAGGGGUAAAGAACGCCAUUUCUCCUUUCUGGCGAUAUCUAUUGGCACAUCUGGGUGGAUUCUCCUCUUGGAAGAGUUCCCUCAAAAGCAGCAGUAUGGAGUUGUGCGCGUUACAGCUCCUUUGGCGGGUUCGAGUCCAAGAAUCGACGAGAAGCACCCCAAAUGGUUACACCUGCGAAUACGUCCAUCCACUUUACCCUUUGUUGAUUCCGGCAGACCUGCUGCCCUUGGUACUCCCAGAAAGGCAAAGCCAAAAACUUUGGUCGAUGGCAGAUGGACCUUAGCAUUCCGGGAUGAAGAAUCCUGCAAGUAUGCUCUGUCGAUGCUUCUCGAGGAGAUUGACUUGCAAAGCAACGAGGUCGAGAGAAGACUAAGACCAAUGCUCAACCUCGAUGAACCACCAGCAACAGAGACUCAUUUCGGCCCCCCUUCAGCCUCUUCAUCUACUGUCACAUCCACGAGCUCAACAACAUGAAGUUCCAGAAUUUGGUAGCGCCUGUUCUUACUGUACAUCUUCGUUCGUAUUAAAGAAGCUGCGGAAAUACGAGUUGAGCACUGUAGAUUGUAGAAACCCCUCAUCCACCAACUUAGAGAGCCAGCAAAAUUCUUUGUAUAUUAGCUUCCUCCUGUUUCGUGGCCAUUUCUACUCGCUUACAUGCCUUUUCUUUGCUAACUUAUCCUUUUGCUUUUAUGCCCUCCUUUUUUUUUGUAACUCUAUGUAACAUUAGUGUAUAUUUUUAGGCAGUGUAAUAGUUGAAAGGUAUUGUAUGUUGAGAUUCGUACUAAGUGUAACAUUGACUUCUCUUUUUUAUUAUUGGUUGUUCACAUAAUUGUAUUUCUUCGCCUUGUGUUAUCAGCAAAACUAUAAUGGUUUAAACGGGU